GAGCGCACGGGUUUUUCGAAGUGUACUUGAACGCACCACGGAUGUGUGCUCACAGUGCUGUGACGACUUUGCUAGCUUAGUAGUAACACGCACUUAGACGUUGCAGGACAUACAGAUAUUCCAGCAAGAUGGCCGAAACCGACGUUGAUAAUGAACUUUUGGACUACGAGGAGGAUGAGGAGCCCCAAGGAGUCCCAGAGAGCGGGACCCCAGCAAACAAGAAGGAAGUGAAGGGGUCCUACGUGUCUAUUCACAGCUCGGGCUUCAGAGACUUUCUCCUGAAACCAGAGCUACUGCGAGCCAUCGUCGACUGUGGUUUUGAGCACCCCUCAGAAGUCCAACAUGAGUGCAUUCCACAAGCUAUCCUGGGCAUGGACAUCCUGUGUCAGGCCAAGUCUGGAAUGGGAAAGACUGCAGUGUUUGUACUGGCCACCUUGCAACAGAUAGAACCUGUGGAUGGUCAGGUGUCUGUCCUUGUAAUGUGCCACACGCGCGAGUUGGCCUUCCAGAUCAGCAAAGAGUACGAGCGCUUCUCCAAGUACAUGCCCACUGUCAAGGUGUCUGUGUUCUUCGGCGGCCUGGCAAUCAAGAACGACGAGGAAGUCUUGAAGAAGAACUGUCCUCACAUUGUUGUAGGAACCCCAGGACGAACCCUGGCCCUCAUUCGCAACAAGACCCUCAACGUGAAGAACAUCAAACACUUUGUGCUUGAUGAGUGUGAUAGGAUGCUGGAGCAGCUGGACAUGAGGCGUGACGUCCAGGAGAUCUUCAGGGUGACGCCCCAUGAGAAACAGGUCAUGAUGUUCAGUGCAACGCUAAGCAAAGAAAUCCGCCCGGUCUGUCGCAAGUUCAUGCAGGAUCCCAUGGAAGUGUUUGUGGAUGACGAGACCAAGCUGACACUGCACGGCUUGCAGCAGUAUUACUGCAAGUUGAAGGAUAGCGAGAAGAACCGCAAACUUUUCGACCUGCUCGAUGUCCUUGAGUUCAACCAGGUGGUGAUCUUUGUUAAGUCGGUGCAUCGCUGUGUUGCUCUGUCCCAGCUGCUGGUGGAGCAGAAUUUCCCCGCCAUCGCCAUCCACAGGGGCAUGGCGCAAGAGGAGCGGUUAUCCCGGUACCAGCAGUUUAAAGACUUCCAGCGGCGAAUCCUUGUUGCGACCAACCUGUUUGGCCGCGGCAUGGACAUUGAGCGCGUCAACAUUGUCUUCAACUACGACAUGCCAGAGGAUUCUGACACAUACCUUCACAGAGUGGCCCGUGCUGGCAGGUUUGGUACCAAAGGCUUGGCCGUCACUUUCGUGUCUGACGAGACCGACGCCAAGACCCUGAACGAUGUCCAAGACCGCUUCGAGGUCAACGUAGCAGAGCUGCCAGAGGAGAUUGACAUCUCCUCCUACAUUGAGCAGUCCAGAUGAGUGAAGCGUCUUACCAGUGAAGAUCAAACGUGAUCCUUGUUGUUUUUGGUGGAGGAAAGAACCCCCUUAACAUUUAUUUUAAAGCCCCCUCCUACCAUACUUGUUGACAUGCUCAAAAUAAAACGCCAUCAUGUCUUUGCAGGGUGCUUGUUUGAGUUUUCCUUGUGAAAACAUUUUAUUGUUUUGGUUGCAGAAUUAAACCUUUUUUUAUACCUUA